AUGCAGAGCGGUAUCGCGUUCCCCUUUCGUUUCAGCGUUUCCUGUCCAUCCCCACCGUCGUGGAAACUUUUACCGCGUCCUUCGCUCCUCCAGCCCCUGACACAGGACCGGCCCAUCAACGUCGUGGUGCGCGAUGCUAUUCAUGCCGCGCAUCUCGGCUCACGCAGUUGCUGCGUUGCCGCGUCUUCUCCGCCGAACCUGAACUUUCUUGUCCAGCUGGUGGAUAAACUCUCGAGCACGCCUUGGAAAAUCCUUCACAAAAUCAUACACCAGAAUCGUACAUAAACGUACACUGCAACGUACAAUUACCUCGAUCGUCAUUUUAUUACAAUUUUUGUUAUAGGAAAUCAAACUGGGGUAAGGUUGAAUGAUACGUAAAAUGUUUACUGGAGCGUGUAACAUUUUGAUUGUUCUCAGAUUUAAGUUUCCCUCGUCGUUUGAAUAUUCGCAUGUUUAAUGAUGUAAACAUGUGACAUACUCGUUCGUAAGAUAUACUUGGAAAUAGAUGAAGUAUUGUUGUUGAAGAGUGUAAAAUUGCUGUUACAUUUUCAGGUUGUUUCGCAGAGAUAAAUGAGGAAAUAAAAGCGAACAAAAUGGAAAGCAAACAUUCUGUUUUGUCAGACUGUGUGCAGUUAUCUCUUUCCAAGAGCAAAACACGAGGCACGUGUUUGAACUUGUUCAGCCCGCGAUCUGGCAACGUUGCGCUUCGUUCAAAAUAGCACUCCCAGCUGGCGGCUUUCGCUUAAUAUCCGAUGGGCUAUAGUUUGAUGGGAACUGUUUUUUGACUUUGUCGCAAACGCAGAACUGAUUUGUUUGACAUUUUGCUUUGCGAUUUCAUUCGUCCUGCCAAAAAUCAUGGUCAACAAUUUUUAUGAUUUGCAAGACGAUCGGUAAUACGGUCGGUAUGUGUCAUCGAUUGCAUCAUCUCUUCGAAAAGAUGGCUGUUCUUUUCUGCUUGGAAACAGUUAUGCGGAAACACAUCAAUCAGUAAUUAAGCUGUUUCUUUCCAAUUUGUUGUUAAUGUCAGCGAUUUUUUAACUUUCUAGAGGAAUAAUUGGCGAAGUAUUUUUAUUGCUGAAGUUUCGUUACUGAUUGAUUGGACUGUUAAAUUAAUAAAUGCAGCAAUUUUAAAAGUAAAUUUAGUUUGAAAGUGUCAAAAUAGCUGUUGCACUACCAUCUACCGACGGUCGGCAGAAUUACCAAAAGAUGCGGACAAUAAAAAUGGAUACAAAAAUAAUUAA